UUCAUUGCACGUUUGAGAGAAUCUAUCAGAAAGAUUGUUGGUAUGAAGAAACCACACCACGGUAUCCAAAGACCAAUGGUACAUCUCCUCAAGAACGAAAAGGGUGAAUUGUUAAAGGUUCCAUGUAUGCAUCACAACAAGGUUGACCGUCCACAUCAUCCACACCACAAGGUUGAUCACCCACGUCCACAUCACAAGAUUGACCACUCACGUCCACACCACAAGCCAAAUUGUUUACACAACCAAAUCCACAAAGUCUUCACACCACUUAAACACAAGUUGGAAUCAUUAUCUACACUCCUUAAACUCAUCAUUGGUUUAUCAUUCUCUGCUUUCUUCCUCUCAUUGUUCUGUAUUACUAGAGCUAUCAAGAGAGCUCGCGAACAAAGAAGACUUUACGAGUCACUCCCAACUUAUGAUCAAGUUGAGAUUGUCACCGACGAGCAACCACAAAUGCAAGAGAAAGCUUGAUUUGGCUUUUUCAUUGUUGUACUUAUUUUUAACACAUCUUGAACAAUUUGAUACGA